AUGCUGCUUCCAGAUCGAGUAUUCCAACUCUUGCUGGUCUUGCUCACACUAUCGACACUGUGUACACAAACAUCUGCAGCCACCGCGAACUCGACGCUUGCGACAACGACUACAACGGCCUGGACGCCGACUGCGACCGGUACCGCAACCCACACGAUUCAAGUAGGGCCCAAAUCAAGCCCUCAUCAAUACGUGCCUCAUAGCAUUACCGCCAAUGUUGGCGACAUUGUCAUAUUCGAGUUCUAUCCUGCAAAUCACUCGGUUGUAAAAGCAGACUUCGAUGCACCAUGUGUUCCCGCUAGUGGACCUGUAUUUUGGUCCGGCAUGUUUAAUUCGUUCAACGAAGAAGAUGGCCAGCUGGUCGGACCACCUACAUUCUUUUAUUGCACCGCCAUAGGCUCGUGUCUCGAGAACGGCAUGGUUGGUGUCAUAAAUCCUAACGCCACUCGAACCUUUGAAGAACAAUACAAGCGAGCUCUCGUAUAUCCAUAUAUGCUUGUGCCCGGUCAGUCUAUGCCAGCCGAGGGAAGCGAGGGAGGUGCAAGCUCAACAACCAGCACCACCAGCAGCGGCAUUACAACCAGCGCAGCAGCAACAGGCGGUGGCUCCCAUGGUCUCAGCACCGGCGCUCUCGCAGGCAUUGUGAUAGCGAGUGUGGCUUUCGUCGCCAUUCUGGUUGCCUUGUUCUUCGUACUUGGUCGCCAGCGCGUGUACAGUCAGUGGAUGUCAUCACAAGAUGGACGGACCGAGCGCACCGCACGAUGGGCUAUGUUUGGCCACGGCCAUGGCCAUGGCCAUGGCAACCCCGCCCCAUCCGAGCCUUAUAGUCGGAAGAGCGAGCUUGAUGUGCCCAUGGCCACACCAAUGGACACUGUCUCGACAAAGAGCCCUGAUCCAAAUCGCAACACCUUCUCGAGUGGCCCGGACGGUUCUAGUGGUCAUUUGGAUCGGAGGGAGGCUCAUUUCUUCAAUCUUCGUGAGCGCUCGACAUAA